AUGUCAUCGUACACAAAUCCAUGUCAACACAAGAGCAGCAGGCCGACAGACAUAUUCUUGACUUCAUAUCUUGAGCAUGAGCUGUUCAUUCUUGUUUUUCAUUCCAGGCUUGUUUAUUUGCUAGCAUUUGCAGAACAACAGCAGCAUGAAAUAUAA